AAUCUCCUAAACAGUAAAUGUCAGGCUUGUAUGUCAAAUGUUUGAGAAAACUGCCACAGAAGGCAGAGAAAACAUGUCUGCAAGUAGUAGGUUGUCCCUGGGCUGUCUGUUUGCAAUCUCUGCUUUAGCUCCGUGCAGAAAUCUCUUCUUAGCUCUUAGUAGACCAAGGUGAAAAGAGAAUUCUCACCUUCUCCCUGCUGGGGCCCGGCAGCAUCUGGAACACACUGAUCCUCAUAAUCCUUGUUCUUGAGAAAUAUUAAUGACUUAAUCUCCCAAGUUCAUUCCCACUCCUAUGCAGUUGUCUCAGUGCGACUUACACACCAGGCCCAGAGAAGUCCUGAUUGGAGGGGAACAUCCCACUUGCCGCAGAAGGCCUCAGGCUCAGCCCCUCCACAGAAGUCGCCAGUGGAAUUCCCAGCCAUGGGGGAGGUGACAGCAGAGGAGGUAGAGAAGUUCCUGGACUCAAAUAUUGGCUUUGCCAAACAGUACUACGACGUCCACUACCGGGCCAAGGUCAUCUCAGACCUUCUGGGGGCCAAGGAGGCAGCCGUGGACUUCAGCACUUAUCACUCCCUGAGCAGCGUAGAGGAGAGUGAAAUAAUUUUUGAUCUCCUGCGGGACUUUCAGGAGAACUUACAGACGGAGAAAAGCAUCUUCAACGUCAUGAGGAAGCUGUGCUUCCUCCUGCAGGCAGACCGCAUGAGCCUGUUCAUGUAUCGGACCCGCAACGGCAUCGCGGAGCUGGCCACCCGGCUCUUCAAUGUGCACAAGGACGCUGCCCUUGAGGACUGCCUGGUGAUGCCAGACCAGGAGAUUGUCUUCCCUCUGGACAUGGGCGUCGUGGGCCAUGUUGCACACUCUAAAAAGAUCGCCAACGUCCCCAACACAGAAGAGGAUGAGCAUUUCUGUGACUUUGUGGACACCCUCACAGAGUACCAGACCAAGAACAUCCUGGCUUCCCCCAUCAUGAAUGGGAAGGACGUGGUGGCCAUAAUCAUGGCUGUGAACAAAGUGGAAGGACCCCACUUCACCAACAGAGACGAAGAGAUUCUUCUCAAGUACCUCAACUUUGCAAAUCUAAUCAUGAAAGUGUACCACCUGAGUUACCUGCACAACUGCGAGACUCGACGUGGCCAGAUACUGCUGUGGUCUGGGAGCAAAGUCUUUGAAGAACUUACGGACAUCGAGAGACAGUUCCACAAAGCCCUGUACACAGUUCGGGCCUUCCUCAACUGUGACAGAUAUUCUGUGGGUCUCUUAGACAUGACCAAGCAGAAGGAAUUUUUUGAUGUGUGGCCAGUUCUGAUGGGUGAGGCUCCACCAUACUCUGGUCCCAGGACUCCAGAUGGAAGGGAAAUUAACUUUUACAAGGUCAUUGACUACAUCCUGCAUGGUAAAGAAGACAUCAAAGUCAUUCCGAAUCCCCCUCCUGACCACUGGGCUUUAGCAAGCGGCCUCCCCUCUUACGUUGCCCAGAACGGCCUGAUUUGCAACAUCAUGAAUGCGCCUGCGGAGGACUUUUUUGCAUUUCAAAAAGAGCCACUGGAUGAGUCUGGAUGGACGAUUAAAAAUGUCCUUUCUAUGCCAAUUGUGAACAAGAAGGAAGAAAUUGUUGGGGUGGCCACGUUUUACAAUCGCAAAGAUGGGAAGCCCUUUGAUGAAAUGGACGAGACCCUCAUGGAGUCUUUGACUCAGUUUCUGGGCUGGUCUGUCUUAAAUCCUGACACCUAUGAGUCAAUGAACAGACUUGAAAAUAGGAAGGAUAUUUUCCAAGACAUAGUAAAAUAUCACGUGAAGUGUGAUAAUGAAGAAAUUCAGGAAAUCCUGAAAACCAGAGAGGUAUAUGGGAAGGAGCCAUGGGAAUGUGAGGAAGAGGAGCUGGCUGAGAUCCUGCAAGCAGAGCUGCCAGACACAGAGAAAUAUGAAAUUAAUAAAUUCCACUUCAGCGACUUGCCCCUAACAGAACUGGAGCUGGUGAAAUGUGGAAUACAGAUGUAUUACGACCUCAAAGUGGUGGAUAAAUUUCACAUUCCGCAAGAGGCCCUGGUGCGGUUCAUGUACUCCCUGAGUAAGGGCUACCGCAAGAUCACCUACCAUAACUGGCGGCACGGCUUCAACGUGGGGCAGACCAUGUUCUCCUUGCUGGUGACGGGAAAACUGAAGCGAUACUUCACAGACCUGGAGGCCUUGGCCAUGGUCACUGCUGCCUUCUGCCAUGACAUUGACCACAGAGGCACCAACAACCUCUACCAGAUGAAAUCUCAGAACCCACUAGCCAAGCUCCAUGGUUCCUCCAUCUUGGAAAGACACCACUUGGAGUUUGGCAAAACGCUGCUCAGAGAAGAGAACUUAAAUAUCUUUCAAAACCUCAAUCGCCGACAACAUGAGCAUGCCAUCCACAUGAUGGACAUCGCGAUCAUUGCCACCGACCUCGCCUUGUAUUUCAAGAAGAGGACAAUGUUCCAAAAGAUCGUGGAUCAGUCUAAGACGUACGAGACUGAACAGGAGUGGACGCAGUACAUGAUGCUGGAGCAGACGCGGAAGGAAAUCGUUAUGGCCAUGAUGAUGACUGCCUGUGAUCUCUCGGCCAUCACCAAGCCCUGGGAGGUGCAGAGCAAGGUAGCUCUGCUGGUUGCUGCCGAAUUCUGGGAACAGGGUGACCUGGAGCGCACGGUGCUGCAACAGAAUCCCAUUCCCAUGAUGGACAGGAACAAGGCAGAUGAACUCCCUAAGCUUCAAGUCGGCUUCAUUGACUUUGUUUGCACCUUCGUCUACAAGGAAUUCUCCCGCUUCCACGAGGAGAUCACCCCCAUGUUGGACGGGAUCACCAACAACCGCAAGGAGUGGAAGGCGCUUGCUGAUGAGUACGAAGCCAAGGUGAAGGCGCUGGAGGAGGAGAAGCAGAAACAGCAGGCGAACAAGCCAGCAGCCGCAGGAAGUCAGCCCGGAGGGAGCCCCAACCCAGGGGGUGCGCCCGCUUCCAAGUCCUGCUGCAUCCAGUAGCGUGACCGGGGACGGCCGGACACACGGCUCCACCCUUUCAUGGGAGAUUACCCAAGACAACGAAGAGCCACACACCUUCCGGAGAAGUAAAAGAGUUACAGGAUUUGAAAGCGGAUAGCAAAUUUAGCUUACAUCUUAUCUGGUAGCUUUUGAACAAUUCUUUUAGCCUUGAGGACUGUUUGUUGAGCUAAAACCAAUAUCCCAGCUUUCACAGACAUCCGUUAAACAUUGAAUUAAUGCCAGGUUCACCUGCUUGCUUAGGACGAUUUUUGUUCUUAUACUUUCAUAUUUUAUAGGCACUUUCAUUCUCAAAAGUAGAGAAUUUUACACUGAAUCCCCACAUAUAAUUUCAUUUCCUCCAUUGCGUAUCUUUAAAGAAAUAAGGGCAUUUCUUUUCUUUCUUUCUUUUUUAAUGCUUAUCCCAGCGCUGGAGGCAUUUUCGAACAUAAGCACACCAUUAUCACACGCAAUAGAUGCACACCCACCACCCAGUCGUGGUGUGUGCUGUGAUAAGCGACACAGACCCCCACUUCAGUAAAGGACUCCGGGCGCCAGUAGCUGUGAGUGCUGUUGGCAGAGAGCCUUCAGUGUCAGCGCCUGCAGGGAUUACUGCAGCCGCAGGGACACACCUUACCUUUCCCAGGGUGGCCCAUAGCCAAUGACUGAUCCACGCCAGGUGGAAAGGCCCGGCCAUCUUGGCCAGACACGGGACAACUCUGCAGGGCCAUUCUAGCUCCAGGACUCCUCGUGGGGUCCACCAAGUCUGUUGCUGGCUCACAUCACAGCUCAGCUCCCCCCUCUGCCCACCCCUACCUCCUUCCUUCCCCUUCCCCAGGCAUGGGUCCCAGGGCACUCCUUAGUAAGCAUCCUGCAGACUUAAAUCAUUAUAGAGUCUGCUUUCUGCAGAACCCAACUUGGGAUGCCAGCCCUUAACCAGCUUUCCCUCAUUGUUACAAAAAUGUCUUUAAUAGUUGGUUUGCUUGAAUCUGAUUCAAACAAGUUUCACACGUUGAAUUUAGUUGUGAUGUUUCUUUUUAUUCGUUUUUAGGAAAAAGGUGUACUUUUCUUUUCAUGGGGAGCCAAAGAGAUACUUUUAUUCUUGGAUUACCCACUGAUUUCGAGGAGUAUAAAUUAAGGCAAAUUAUUCUCAACUGCAGGCGUUCUGUUUCAAUUAACAUAUGUUCUGUUGGUUUAAAAACAGAACUUAUUUCUUUAAAAUCAGAUCUAAGUAUGCUCUGGUGAGUCUGCAGUGCCUGGCAGAGUGCCAUUGACCUGAUUAGUAUUCACACUAUUGUCACUGACGUUGCAAACAGCAUAAAUAAACCAAAAGUUGAAAAUGACAAUAACGUGCUUAAAAGUGUGCAGUAAAUUUCUGCUACACUCGCCCAAACUUAAUUUUUUUCCAUUCUCUAUUGUUUUCACCCCCCUUCAGUUUUAUUGAGA